AUGAAAGCAGACAAAGAUCUCUUGAGAAGGGUGAUAGUAGCCUUGGAAUCCGGUCGUGAUGUAGAUGUCAAUACGUUGCUUCAAAGCGAGCUUGCUCCAGUCCUAAAGUCACUUGCUACCUUAGACGGAAGUCUACGAGAAGUAGGGAAGUCGGAUCUUGGUAUCAUUUUACAAGGAAAUGUCUGUAAGAGCCAAAUGCCCAUCAGCAGGAGUCAAACUUGCACUAUUAUUGAUGGAAUGGCAGCUGUUCAGUCCCUCGCCAACUCUUCAGGAGCAAAAACCUUUGGUGAGUGGAGUGACCGAUUUCCUCGUCAUGUCACUUCCCAUUUUUCGGACAGUUCUACAAGGGUUGACGUGCUAUUUGACAGAUAUGUCAAGAACUCGAUAAAAGGAGGGACCAGAGACAAGCGCAAGGAGAAAAGGAAUACAGAAGAAUAAGAAAAGAAUACAUGUCUUGAUGUACCCGCAAUGUGGAUAACAGAGAUCAGAGAAUCGGAAACUGGGAAAGGUUCAUCAUUCUAGAAGAUAACAAGGCUAGCCUAGCUCAUUUCCUCUCGACUGAAAUCUCGGAGAGUUACAGAGCGCCUCCUGGGCGAGAGCGGGUGAUCAAUGGAGGCUUCAAGGAUACACUGAAGGUGUGGUCAUCUGACACAUCACGACAAGAUAUAAGAGAGCUCGCAUCAGAUCAUGAGGAGGCAGAUACUAGAAUAGUACUGAACGCCCGAGACGCAGCAGCAAGAGGGUACAAGCAAGUUGUGUCGUGA